AUGAAUUUUGAUGAUUUUGUUCAUAUUAUAUAUGGAAAAAAUGUAUUUCAUGAUGAUGAAAAUAUUGAAUACAUUAGAGAUUUCAUUUUCCCCUUUUUAAUACCAUUAGUUAGAUCAGUAAACCAGGAAAAAGAGAAACAUAAAUAUUUUAAAAUAGUUUAUGAUUGUGGUGACAAAAAGAAGAUAAAUAAUCUAUGCUGUGAAAAGAAUGAUACUAAUAUUGAUCAUGUAAAUAUAUUCGAUACUGAUAAAUUAGAAGAAAAACCUACAGUAUUAUUUGAAAUUCAGCAAGAAAUCCUGACAAAAUAUGUAAAAACAAAUCCCAUUUUAUUACUAAGUCAAUAUCUUGAAGAGGAAUGUAGAAAAAACAAAUGA